UGAGACCGACCAGACGUGAAAUGAAGCGAUAGUUGGCCGGUUCACUAGUGAUCAAGGUUGAUGGCCAGCUCAAGCCGCCAACCACUUCUUUCUCUCGACUCUCGAGUUGUUUACCUGCUCCCUGCUCUCAGGUGUGCGAGAGGAAUACGAAAUUAAAGAUGGUAGUAGUGACAAUAGUGGCAAGAUUGUAAGACAUGCCUCCGUAGCGCGAAGUGAAUGUGGUUGGAAGACAAGAUUUUAUGCAUACAUAUUCUGGAUUAUUUGUUCUUUAGUAGAUUAUGAAAGUGACUUUUUAAGUAAAUAAUAAAAGGUCAGGCGGAAGGAUGAAGCAAGGAGAGCUGCGACGAGCCCUCCUACUCGUUAUCAUCUUCUGCAUUUUCCUCUUCUUUUACCUUUACUGGCAACAAUCGACCAAAAAUGUUCCGACUGUGAUUUAUGACUACAAACACGUCCAUUCAGCGUAUAAGAAAUCCAAUCCUUCCCAAUGGACAUGGGACUGCAUCAACCAGCGUUGCGAAAGGCGAUACAUAAAAGAAACCCAAAAGCCCGUUUCGCUAGCAACAUGCAGCAUGUUGUGUGGUUCCACGCAGCUCUGGCCUCAGCCCACCGGCCCCGUCACUUUAGGUAGCAAAGCCCUUACUUUUAAUCACAAUCAUUUCAAAUUCGAAAGCGACGUCGCAGAGCCAGCGAGAGUGCUACUGCAAGAAGCCUUUGCUUUAUUUAACGAUAACGUAAUUAGCUUAGUAGAACGAUCAGAUUAUGUCAAAGAAAAAGCGGACUUAACGGAAUUUCUUAUAAAAGUGAAUAUAGGAGACGCAAAAAUUACAAAAUUAACUCUACAGACAGACGAAAGCUAUACUUUAGUUGUCAAACCUUUAGAGACUAGAAUAAGUGCUAACAUUACAGCUAAAACCUUCUUCGGAGCUAGAAGUGCUCUAGAGACGCUCUCGCAGCUAAUUUGGUGGGAUCCUUACACCAACGAUGGCAUACUGAAAGUUAUAAAAGGGGCAACUGUCAAGGACAAGCCUACUUUUUCCUAUAGAGGACUUAUGGUGGACACAUCACGUAAUUUUAUGUCUACCGACAGUCUUAGAAGGGUUCUCGAAGGAAUGGCUGCCAGUAAGUUGAAUGUAUUCCAUUGGCACGUUACAGAUAGCCAAAGCUUUCCACUGGAAGUACCAAGCUUACCUUUAUUAUCAAAAACUGGUUCUUACUCGCCGGAAAUGACGUAUAGUCCUGCAGAAGUGAAAGAUCUGGUACACUUUGCUAGGGUGAGAGGAAUACGGGUGAUCUUAGAAGUUGAUACUCCUGCGCAUGUUGGAAAUGGUUGGGCUUGGGGACCGACCAAAGGACUAGGCGAACUUGCAGUUUGUAUCAACGAACGACCCUGGAGCUUGUAUUGUGGCGAACCACCAUGUGGCCAACUCAAUCCUGACAACCCUCGCGUUUACGAAAUCCUCGAAAAGCUCUACAAAGAUCUUCUAGAUUUAAGCGACGAAGAUGAAAUAUUCCAUAUAGGAGGAGACGAAGUGAAUUUAGAGUGUUGGUCCCAACAUUUACAGAAAUCCAGCACUGUGUACAACUUCACUGACCUCCACGACUUGUGGGGAGAAUUUACCGUUAAAGCUAUGAACAAGCUUACUGCAGCCAAUGCUGGAAAGCAGAUACCACACGUUAUCAUCUGGUCUAGCAAGCUCACUAAGCGACCUUACAUCACCAAGUAUUUAAAUAAGUCACAGAUCGUCGUGCAGAGUUGGGGAGCUAGUCAAUGGUCGGAUACGCCUGAUCUUCUAUCUGAUGGCUAUAAGAUUAUAAUCUCCCACGUGGAUGCUUGGUAUUUAGACUGCGGAUUUGGCCGAUGGCGAGAAACAGGAGAAGCUGCGUGUGACCCUUAUCGUCCCUGGCAGACGGUUUAUAAUCAUCGGCCUUGGCAGCAGCAGUACAGCAACAAGAAGCUUAUCCUAGGUGGCGAAGCUUGUCUGUGGAGCGAACAAUUCGACGAAGGCUCUCUGGAUGCAAGGCUAUGGCCUCGAGCAGCCGCCUUCGCAGAAAGAAUGUGGAGUGACCCACAGAUCGACCUCACUACACUCAACAUACAAGAGGAUGUGUAUACUCGAUUAAAUACUCACAGAGAUAGAUUGGUCAAAAGAGGUCUUCGAGCUGAGGCCUUGUGGCCAGAAUGGUGCGUUCAGAAUCCCGGCAUGUGCCUUUGACAAGCCUUAUUCGCCUUAGACACAACUAGAUUUUUCCUCCUCAGUGAUAUUAGUUUAGUGAAAUCAAAGACAAUUAAAAAUUACCACCACCCUUUCGCCUUGUGGUCUAAAAGUGCAUUCUUAUGACUGAACUGUUUUGGAGAUUGAUCUCAUUUUUUAAACUUUAAAAUAAAUAGUGUUGUAGUUGUUAAGAGUAAAUCAUAGAUCUAUGUACAUACGAAAUAAAAUGUUAUUUAUAAUUA